ACAGCGGCGCAACAUUCGGUUCCGCCGGAUUUUCCCACCUGAUGUUCCCACCGGAUCUACCCACCGGAUCUCCCCACCGGAAUGCCCCUACAAGUGGCAUGCAUCUCGAUCGUAAUUGUUAUUGCUACCCGGUAGCUGGUCAGUGGAUCGAUCACACAUUGCAAGAGUGGGUUGAGCAUUGAAAUUUCUGAAUCCAUGUCGACUGUUGGUUGGAUCAGGAACUCGCUUUUUACGGGUGCUCGAUGGUUACAUUUGAUUGAUAAUUCCCCGACUGACCUCGUGUUUUGCUGUCUACGCAAUCGUCUUUGACAACUUCGCUAUCAGAAGCGAGCGAACAUUCAUCACUACAACCAUGGCAGAGAGACCUAUACCCCCUUCCGCUGCGACACAGAAAAUUCCCUAUCAGGGCGAUCCGCUGCCGAACGUUUCUGACGAUUUGGUCGUGCCCCAUACCCUUCAGCUUACAUUCGAGGAGAAGCUCUGGGUUCCCCAGUCAAAGGACGUCUGGUUUCGUCCACUUUUGCUCAAUGUCAGCCAGGGAUACUUUGUCAACCUGUUGCGUGUACGCAAGAGUGGCAUCCUCUCGCGGCAUAGGCACGCAGGUCCUGUUCACGCAACUGUGUUAAAAGGGCGAUGGCAUUAUCUUGAGCAUGAAUGGUGGGCAGAGGAGGGGAGCUACGCCUUUGAGCCCCCAGGCGAUAUUCACACGUUGGAAGUUCCGGACGGGGUGGACGAGAUGGUUACGCUGUUUCAUGUGACAGGUGCCUACAUCUAUGUGGAUGAACAUGGCAAUCCAGAAGGGAUUGAGGACGUUUUUAGCAAGCUCCAACUUGCAAAAGCUCAUUAUACCAAGAUUGGACUCGGCGAGAGUUUUGUGAAACAGUUCAUACGUUGAGCUAUUGAGUAGACAGAAAGUAAUGAUAUAUGCCUUAUUCUUAGGUACACAGAAUGACAAGG